AACUAAACGUGACAGAACGCUCGGUGGUGGACUCUGACGCACCGGUCCGGUUGCGCUGCGUGGCGACGCGUCAAACUGCAACAUAACAUCGCAGCGCUUGAUUUGAUAUCAUGUGAUAUCACAUGUGGCCUCAUAUGUAACCAAUACAACACGACGGAGGACCCGAGACACGUGGACACCUGCCCUCCAACACCGUCCAGGGUGCUGACCAUGAGAGGCCUCUGAACCAAAGAGAGACGGGUCACAUCCAUUUUGCGGAGGACGUUGCAUCGGCUAAAGUGUCUCCUCCUCCUCCUCUUCCUGCCAUCUCUCUCUCCACCGUCAACAUGGUGGACAUGCAGCCGCUGCUGUCAUGGCCGGGUUUCAGCCUGUGUGCCGUUGACCUCCCUGAGCUGGACAUGAAGCCAUACUCCACCGUAGACUACGCUACCAUCUCCUCCUCCUCCACCUCCUCCCCGUCCUCCUCCCUCUCUCCCUCCCUCCCUUCUUCGAUCUCCUCUGGCUGUGGUGGCGAAGGCAUGACCUUUGACCCGAGUCCGCCGCAGAGCGAGGACCAUCUGGUCAACAUGGACUAUGCUGGCGUACACGGCUACACCACGGAGCUGGACAUGCACAAUUCUAUCAAGCUGGAGCCAGAGUCUCCUCCUCAGUUCUCAGAAAACCUCCUGUUCUCCAAACUCCAUGAAGACGCCUCCUCGUCAGCCUCCCUCAGCAUCGAGUGUCGCGUCUGUGGAGACAAAGCCUCCGGAUUUCAUUAUGGAGUCCACGCCUGUGAGGGCUGCAAAGGAUUUUUCAGACGGACAAUCCGGUUAAAGUUGGUGUACGACCACUGUGACCUCCACUGUCGAGUUCAUAAGAAGUCCCGUAACAAAUGUCAAUACUGUCGCUUCCAGAAGUGCCUGAUGGUGGGCAUGUCACACAACGCCAUUCGUUUUGGACGUAUGCCACAGGCGGAGAAGGAGAAGCUGCUGGCGGAGUUCUCCUCUGAUGUGGACCAGAUGUACCCAGAGGCUGCAGACCUGCGAGCUCUGGCCCGACAUCUCUAUGAAGCCUAUCUCAAAUACUUCCCUCUCACCAAGGCCAAGGCCCGGGCAAUCCUCUCUGGCAAGACUGGGGAUAAUGCGCCUUUUGUCAUCCAUGAUAUGAAGUCUCUGAUGGAAGGAGAACAGUUCAUAAACUGCAGACAGAUACCAGUCCAGGAGAACCAGCAGAACCAGAACCAGUAUGGUGGGAUCACAAUGGGAGGUGGAGGUCACUUGGGCUCGGCCUAUGGCAUCGACCAGGGACCUACGGAUGCCGUUGAGCUGCGUUUUUUCUACCGCUGCCAGUCACGCUCGGCCGAAGCGGUGCGGGAGGUGACCGAGUUUGCCAAGAGUAUCCCCGGAUUCACAGAACUGGACCUGAACGACCAGGUGACCCUACUAAAGUACGGCGUGAUCGAGGUCCUGAUAAUCAUGAUGGCCCCUCUGAUGAACAAGGACGGGACGCUGAUCUCGUACGGCCAGAUCUUCAUGACCCGUGAGUUCCUGAAGAGCCUCAGGAAGCCCUUCUGCCAGAUGUUGGAGCCAAAGUUUGAGUUCUCCGUCAAGUUCAACACACUGGAGCUGGACGACAGCGACAUGGCCCUCUUCCUGGCCGUCAUCAUCCUCAGCGGGGACCGCCCCGGCCUCCUGAACGUGAAGCCCAUCGAGCGGCUGCAGGAGACGGUCCUCCACUCGCUGGAGCUCCAGCUGAAGGUGAACCACCCGGACUCCCUGCAGCUCUUCGCCAAGCUGCUGCAGAAGAUGACGGACUUGCGACAGAUCGUCACCGACCACGUCCACCUCAUCCAGCUGCUGAAGAAGACCGAGGUGGACAUGUGCCUUCACCCGCUGCUGCAGGAGAUCAUCAAGGACUUGUAUUAGAGGGACAUACUCGGAGAGGUGGGAGCCGACGUUGUGUCGUCAUUGUGUUGAGAAACGAGAGCGACUCAGACAACGACUGAAAAAAGAGAAACAAAAUGAGGAAGAAAAGGGAGUAAAAAAAGAAAAAAAGUGAAAGGACAUGUGAGCUGGAUGUGGUCUAGACCACAGCAUGUGAAUAUGAUGACGCCGCAGUGUGUUUAGUCAGCGUGGAGCCCGGACGUUUCAUCAUGAGCACGCCGCCAACAUCAGCACGAAACUGCCCGCCGCCGCAGCAGCGCCGGCGACCCGCACGCCCCUCUGAAGGGCCGCGGACUGUCUGAUCACCUUGCUUCAGAGACACACUUCUGAAUAUUCAGAGCAGCCAGCAUUCCCAGAUAGCAAAGCUGCUGUGGCCCGGACCCGUCCCCAACCGACACCUGCAUCCGGCCCACAUACCCCCAUGGAAUGAUGGCACUUGGGAGGUCCGCUCCUGUUUGCCAGAUCUGGGCCAGAACCAAGCCGUAGCAAUGCCGCAUGUGCCACAUAUCUGCCAAAGGUGGCCAUAUUUGUUUAGUGAUAUUUGGGCCAUACUCACCAUUUACCACACGGGGCGCUGCAGGGUCACAUCCAGACCACAUGCUGCCCAGAGCACCGCAUCUUUGCCACAAAAGGCCCACAUGUGAUUUGACGUAUUUGGGCCAUAUUUGUUAUUAUACAUGUGGGCCACUUCAGGCUCACAUCCGUUUUGUCAGGGCCAGAAGGAGGCCACCAGUGCCGCAUCACUGCCUGAAGUGGCCCACAUCCGGGUGCUGUCUGGGUUCAGGGCCUUUCAGAAGGUAAAGAUGCAUCACUGUGAGUAUUUAGAAAGCCACAAUUACCAUGUGCCUGCAUGAGGUUCAUGUGCUUCCUGCAUAUCCACAAAGCAGCGGGCAGCAGUGUCAGAUCCCUGUAUUGUGCUGAUAAACACACACACACACACACACACACAAGUCACUUCAGGCCUUGGCAUUGAAGUGAAGGCGUCAUCUCUUUUAAAGCAGCUUUUCUGGAAGACAGAUUUCAAAUUAAAAGCCUGUAAGAAGGUUUUCUCGUCUCCGCCGUGUGAAGCGAACGUCAGAUGUGAUGAAGAUCAUAUCAGACGUGUGAUGAAGAUCAUAUCAGACAUGUGAUGAAGAUCAUAUCAGACAUGUGAUGAAGAUCAUAUCAGACAUGUGAUGAAGAUCAUAUCAGACGUGAUGAAGAUCAUAUCAGCUAACUGUUCAAAAAUACACAGGAGGCCAUGUUUGUGCCUUUUGCUAUGUGGAAGCUGUGCUAUUUUUCCUGUCUAAAGGACUUUUAUUGUGAAAUGAAUGUCACACACAAUGCCACAAUAUGUUAUACACACAAAUGUAUAUAUGUGUGUGUGUGUGUGUUUUAUAUAUAUAUAUAUAUAUAUAUAUAGUCACACAGACACACACACACACAUAUACAUUUGUGUGUAUAAUAUAUUAUAUAGACACACAGGUGUGUAUAAUAUGUAUAUGAAUAAAUAUCGCUGUACAGGUGAGAUUAUCUACCAAACAUGAGAACUGAAUGCAACUGACUAUUGGAUUUACAUGUUUUAUUUCCACUUAUGAAACAUGUUGGAUGAUGCAGUAACUCUCCCACUGGUUUAGACGUUUUUAAGCGACGUGCGUGAGUCUGAUGCACCAGAGGGGUUUCGGGUGAGUCUGGUUCACCAGAGGGUUUUCGGGUGAGUCUGGUUCACCAGAGGGGUUUCGGGUGAGUCUGGUUCACCAGAGGGGUUUCGGGUGAGUCUGGUUCACCAGAGGGUUUUCAGCUCCGCUCGGACUGAGGGGUUAAAUUAAGUGGGGAAAGUAGAAAUUUGUAAAUAAAUUUUAUUUUAAAUAAA